CCAAUCUCGAGACCUUCAAUCAAUCCAGCUCUCUUCUUCCCAUCUUCCAUCCCACAACCCAACACCACCGCCUCAAUCUGCACCAUGUCCACCGCUCCCGCCCCGUCCCUCCGGACCCUCUACCGCCGUCUGCUGCGCGAACUCCCUCCGACGUCUCAACCCCGGCACACGCUGCCGCGAUCGCCCAUCCACGCCUCGAUCCGCUCGCACCUGCCUUCGCUCCAGCAACAACAACCCCCGUCAGAGACGAAUGCCCCUUCGGACCAACAACGCGCCCGCCUGCAGGAGCUGGAGCAGUUCGUCAUGUACCUGCGCGCGCAGCGCAUGUACGGCACCCUGCUGCACCGGUAUAACCCAGGGAUGGGCAUGGACGAGGAAGAGAGGGUGCGGUUGACCGCCCGGCGGGUGGGCAUGGAGAUGCCGGUCGAGUAUGAGUGGAAGGUGAAGCGGUGAAUACCCUCGUAUGAUAUCACCAGAGAAAGGAGCUGGGAAUGUGAGGUCUCGCCUUGGGGAAUCGGUGGUGGAAAGUGGCAGAGGGAACGGGAGGGUGCCUCGCAUCGGGAAUCUUCGAGUUUCGAUGCGCUGGUAUUCUGGGCAUGCCAGCGGGAUUGCAUUAAAGGAAGGUGUCGCCAGCACACUCAGUUGCUGCAGCCAACAGCUUCGAAACGCAGCACGCUUAUGCAUCGACUCGCCGCUCAAUGAGAUCAAGGGAACCGAUACAAGACACCGGCGUCGACGGCCACAGCGACACAGCACCCCAGCUAAAUUCAUAUACGCGGCAAAUCAUGAAGCAAAAUGACCUGUCCUGAACAGACCGCAGGCGUCCCACUCAGCCGCAUCAGAAGGUCCAUUCAAUCCCUAUCUGUCCGCUGACUCAAUACGUGCACAACAACCAGCGCACACCAGCCGACAAGAUGAUGCCAAGUCCUGGAUCUCAUCGGAAACUCGGCGAAAGACACGAAGAAUAGUCGGCACGACCAAAAAAAUCAAGCCACGCACAUCCAGCCUAGUCCCGCUACGAUGGGCGUCAGCUAUAUACAUCCGCAUUGGAUCAUACUCGCCAAAGGCAGAAUCAUUGCCCAGUCCACACCGGUGGAAUUGUAAAGUUGUGUAGAGAACGGGUAGAUAUGGUCUGAGAAGACAUGGUGUAUGUAGAUCGAGUCUAGAAUUAUUCAUCGUGGGAGAAUAUCGACCAAACUAUCCAUGGACGGAAUCAAGAGACAUAGGUCCAUUAUGUGUUACCAUACAAUCUAUCCAGAGAACCCAAAUACUCCGCAUAUUGACAAAAACAUUCAUUCCUG